UUCACACCAUUUGAUCUCCAGGGUAAGCACGAUCGUGAAGAUCAGUUCGAUCUGAAGAGUUUUAGUCGUACCAGCAGCUGGUCACAACUGGAUUAUCUAACUGCUGUCAUAAGAUCGGCCUAUACGAAAUUAGCGGUUUCCCGUAGUCGCUAUCGGAUACGUGCGCAUUCAGAUGACUCGAUCAGCAUACAGUUUACCACUGACAACGGCCUAUUAGAGUAAUUAUCAACCGUGCAGCUUCCAAAUCGAUGGACCUGUUAUCAACAUAUCAUGGAGAUGCCAUCGCCAACACUUGCCAAUAAUUUUACCAAUGUUUGGACGAAUCGACGUAGUCCUAUUCAUCAUUUAACCACUACACAGGAUGUGAUUAACCAGGGAAAAUGUCUAUGUGGCGAGUACAUUCGAGCACGACUGAAACGAUCUGGACUGCUGAACCGGAAAAUUUUACAGCGUUUGCGCAGCACGAUGGAAGUUCCUAACUGUGUGGUCGUUCGUGAGACAUCGCCAAUUUUGAACGGGAUGGGCGAAGAGCUAGAACGAAUGCACCCUCGACUGUACAGCAAUGUGAGUCGGCAGAUUUCAGUAGAACCAUGGGGCGAACUAACCGAACCGGACUCGGUAUGCUAUCUCCUACAUAUCGUUGCAAAGGAUCUCUUCAAAACAGACAUCACCUGGGGAAAGGUGAUCUCGCUGUUUGCGAUUGCUGGUGGUUUGGCGGUGGACUGCGUUCGCCAGGAGCACUACGACUACCUUCAGCAGUUGAUAGAAGGCACCACUGACGUCAUCGAAGAAGAUUUGAGUGUAUGGAUAGUCGAGAAAGGCGGCUGGCUGGGGCUGCAGGACCACGUUCAUCCUCCGCAGGCGGAAAUUACAUUCCUCGGUUGGAUGGCGAUUACCAUAUCAACACUGUUUGUGAUCUACUUAAUUUCGGUUUUACUUAAAUAUCUUGGCUCAAGUUAUUGGUCAAAAUUCUAACUAAACGCGCUCACGCAAUUAUUCGCACUGCUUAUUUUACUUUUAUAACCAAUUUGUGAUCAUAAAAAUAAUUGUUCAGAAUGUCUAAAGCACAACAUUUACUUUGUUUGAAUUUUAAAUAAUAGUGGCCAAAUCAUAGGAGCAAACUAAAACGUAAUCGGCGACGAAAGGGUUAUUACGUACGAAAAGUGUUAUUUCAAUUGAAGGAAUACAAUGGUGCUCUUUGAAAAUAUCUACUGUUGAUCGUUUCACCGUUGUUUUUGCUAUUCGGCUUCAGUAAUCCAGGUCGUACCAAAACGUUUCAACCGCAAUUACGAGUGAUACUAAUGCUCAAAGAAAAGAAUAGCUAACAUAUGUAAAUCUUUUUUUCUUUCUGUUAAACCAUUGUAAUGAAUAAAUUUGUUGAAAUACAAACAAAAAA